AUGUUUACAGAUCAGUUUGAUUUUAUAGUGGCUGACUUGUGGAAAGGGGUGACUUAUGAGGUUGAUAGUCUUACCACGCCUAUUUCACAUGAGAUUAAGCAGUUUAUUCGUGGUCUGAGAUAUCCUAGUUUGACUGAGUUGAAGCUACAGUGGGAGUGGUGGCCUGCAGCAACAAAAAAGUAUAGUGCAAAUGAGGAUUAUAGAUGGUUAUUAGAGAAAACCUUAAAUUGGAAUGCCAAUAAUAACUGGAACUGGUUGUGGAAUACAAAGAUUCUAGAGAAGUUCAAAUUUACUGUGUGGCUUGGCUUACAUGAUGCUCUACCAACUGAGACCUUUCGAUUCAAGCGACAUUUAGCUUCUUCAGAUAUGUGUAAGAGAUGUAGUAACAAGGCGCAAGAAACUAUGGAACAUUGCCUUAGAGACUGUGAACGAUCAAAGGCAAUUUGGCAUAUGUUUGAUCCUAGUAUCCUGGACUCGACGGCUGGUACUGCUCCUGAAGAGUGGUUUCGGAAGGUCUUGGCUGACAAUGAGGCGUUUUUUGGUGCAGGGUUUUGGUGGGUAUGGAGACAUAAGUGCAAUGACAUAUUCAAUACUGACAACCUUUGGACAAACCAUAAGGUUGUUGCCUUAGCCAGAAUUACCGCCAAGGACUUACAGGUUUAUAGGAAUCGAAACAGUGCCUUUAGAACUCUUAUUGCAAGGCUCUUUGCUGGUGUCACCACCAUUAAAGCUUCAUAUGCAGAGCUGCAAAUGGCUCAGCAACCUUACAACAAUGAAGCAAUUCAGAAAGCUGAUCAAGCUGUUGUUGAUGAACUCAUUUCCAUCUCUGAGUUGAAGAAAAGGUUCUUGAAGAAAGAACUUAACAUUUCAUCACCACAAGUGACUCUCAUGCUUGCAGAGGUUCAAGAACAACAAAGCCUAAUGAAGACCUUUGGAAUCACCAUUCAAAAUCUCCAAUCUUUGGUUGAUACCAAAGAUUCUGAAAUCUCAUCACUGAAGAAACAGCUUCAUGAGUACACUGCAUUCAACAAAUCACUUGAGAAGAAGCUACACUCAAGUGGUUCAUUAUCAAAGUUCGAGAGUCUUCAUCUUUCAGCACUUAACACAACACACUUCAUCCAUUUUCUUCAACAUACUCUAAGCUCAAUGAAGAGCUUCACCAAGUUGAUGAUCAAAGAAAUGGAAUCAUCAAAUUGGGAUUUAGAACUAGCAGCCAAAUGUAUCCAACCAGAUGCAGUUUUUAUCAAACAAAGCCAUCGAUGCUAUGCAUUUGAAUCCUUUGUAAACAUGACAAUGUUUGAAGGCUUCAAUGUUCCAAGUGAACCACUUCAGAAACACCAUAACAGAAACCUUUACUUGGAAAACUUCAAGAGGCACAAAUCUCUGAACACAAAACACUACUUAUCAGCACACGAUCCAAACUCAUCGUUUGCCAGAUUCUUGAAAUCCAAGUACCUUCAAGUGGUUCAUGAAAAAAUGGAGUGUUCCUUCUUUGGAAACCUUAACCAUAGGAAGCUACUCAAACUCAACAAUGGAGGUGUCCCAGAUUCAGCUUUCUUCGUUGCUUUUGCGGAGAUGGCAAAGCGUGUGUGGUGUUUGGACUGUUUGGCACUUUCUUUAGAUGAAGAUGUCAGAAUUUUUCAGGUGAAGAAGAACACUAGAUUCUCUGAGGCCUACAUGGAAUGUGAAGCAGAAAAAGUAGUUUCAACCUCCUCAGAGGAAGUUACUGAUUCCGAUUCCGGCGAGCUUCGGGUGGGUUUCACGGUGGUUCCAGGUUUUAUGAUUGGAAAAAGUGUUAUACAGAGCCAGGUUUACCUUUCUCCAGUGAGUUAGAAUGCAUAUAUUUGGUCUCAAAAGUCAAAGUAGGGUUCUUCACACACUCUGCCUCAAAUUUCCUUUCUUUUUCUUUUACUUUCUUAAAUUUGUUUAUGGUAUGGUGCAAUUACUUUGUAGCUUAAAUUAUUAGCAAUAUCAAGUGUAUAUUGUAAUGAGUAAUGAGUAAUGUUUCGCAAACUUUUGUUCUAGUA